AUCGUUCAAUUUCUUCAUUUUUCUAGUUUCGAUUUCGGUUAUACUUCUAUUCAAAGUAUUAAAAUUCUUUUUUCUGAAAUGACUAAUGAUAAUGUUUCAUACUCAAUCUUUAUUGAUGGUUUACCAUCCCAUUCAUAAGUAAGUCAACAGCCUACAUCGUCAUAAAUCGAACAUUUAUUGAAACGAAAACAUAUAAAUAAAGAAUCUAUUGUAAGCGAAAAUACACAAAGACAUACAUCUGCAGUAUGGUCGACUUUCGGAUUUCCUAUUCAACUUGUAAAAGAUGGUGAAUAUCAACGUAUAUAUGGUUUUGCCAGCUGUUUUGAAUCUAAAGCAACGUAUACAUUUCAAUCAAGUGGAUGUGGUAGUACAAAACAUCUAUUACGUUAUGUUUGUUUAAAACUAUCAUCAUCAUCUGAAGAUCAUCCUAAGGAACCUUUAGAAAAAUUAUUCAAAUCAAAACAAAAGGUACAACCACAUUAG